GAGGCCUCUCACCUGCUCCGAAUCAAAGGCGAGGGGCGGCCCCGCCCGUGCACACACAGCUGCAGGAGACUGAACGCAGCUUAACGCAUCAACCAAUCGGCGGCCUGAGCGGUGGAGCCGGGCGGGGGGCGCUGCUUUGGCUGGUGGCCAAUUGCCGCGGCCCCUGGGCUGAGCCGCCUCCUCUCUCCCCUCCCCCGAUGUAGCUAGAGCAGCCGCGGCCAGCGAGCGAAGCGGCCGCCGCGCAGAGCUGCGUUGGUUGCGGGCGGGUUCGGCUGGGUGCGUGCGGGGCGAGUCCCGGAGUCGCGGCUGCAGCGCGCAGGAGGCGGCGGCUGGGACUCGGGUCCCCCCCCGGCCCCGUGGCGUGGAGCCUCCGAUGGAGACGUUCCCCCCCGGCAAGCUGGAGCAGCACCAGCCCGUGGAGUUCCUGCAGGGCGCCCGCUACGGUGCCAAGAGCCACCCCGCCUACGGGAACGCGUUCAACUCGUGGAAUGACUAUCUGGGGCUGGCCACGCUGAUCACCAAGGCCGUGGGCGAGGAGAAGGGCUUCGGGACCCAGCCCUCCUCCGUGGUGGUGGCCGCCACCGUGCAGCCGGCUCCGGAGGAGGACGAGGAGGACGACGAGGAGGAGGAAGACGCGGGGACCCCCUAUUUCGAAGGCGCGUUGCACUUGCACGACUUCGACCUGUGCAGCCACCACCACGGCGAGAGCUUCCUGGAGGAGCGGUUCGCCGACUUCAGCCCCUUCUCCGGCCGCGCCAGCCCCGCCGCGCUGGUCUUUAACUGCUCCCCGGCUCACCUGCAGCGGGACCGCUCCCCUCACGCGUGGGGCGGCGGGCUGGGCGACGGGCGGCUCCAAGCGCCCCAGAAGCCGGGCUCCCGGCUGCUCAAGCCGGAGCUGCAGGUCUGCGUCUUCUGCAGGAAUAACAAAGAAGCCGUCGCCCUCUACACCACGCACAUCCUCAAGGGACCCGACGGCCGGGUCUUGUGCCCCGUGCUGCGGAGAUACACGUGCCCCCUCUGCGGGGCCAGUGGGGACAAUGCCCACACCAUCAAGUACUGCCCCCUCUCCAAAAUGCAGGCCAGUGCCGCCAAGCAGCAGCUCCGAAACGCCAGGACCGCCUUGGGCAAGAAACUCCGCUAGGGGGCUGCAGCCUCCUGGCCUCGGGACUGUUUUGUUGGCGAUGGAUUUGUUGGGUGGUUCGGUUUUUUCCCCUUUAGACUGAGGCCGCUUCGGUAGAAAGUGGCCCGACAGCAAUUUUUGUGUGGCCCACAAAAAAAAGACCUUCAGUUUUUUUUUAAAAGUAGUGUCUUACAGCGGAUUGCAUUUUGUUCUCUUUAACACAUUAAUAUAUUCAACGUGGGAGACUAGAAUGUAAAAAGCUCCUUGGCUUAUGUACUAUAAUGAUGAUAGUUUCUAGUUUGUAUACUUAGCAUCCAGGGAAGCUGGGCUCUGAAGUUAACUCUAUAUAAUUAUAAAUAUGCAGUUUAGAUGCACUGUAUUUGUUUAUUGUAUAAUAUAUAUAUCUAAUUUUUAAAAGGGGGAUAAGAUGAAAUUGAAUGGUAGGGCGCUCCCCUGGGGACGCUUAUGUUGGUUUAUUGGAGAGGAGGCAUUUUAAAAAAAUAUUUUACAGAAUCUCUGAAGAAAAGGCCUCUGUACUGCUAAGCAAAUGAAUUUCUGUUUUUGCAGUAUCCUAGCCAAAUGAAGAAUUGAUGUUUUUAAAUUUUAUGUUUUAAGGGUGAGCUCGACAGGGUAGGGAGGGGAAAUUAUGCUGUAUUUGGCUGCUCGUGGUUGUGUUUGCACUGUCCUCUAACAAAACAACGUUAGUUGUAAGUAGGUAGUAUGAAUUAGUUACUGAUGUUUGUGGGGAUUUUGAGAUCAGGAAUGAUCAUAUGACACUCUUUAGUGUUGGGGGAGCUCCCCUUUGUGUUCACAAGUUCUUUUGUAUUGAUCUAGGGUUCUUGUUUUACUGUUUCUUCCCCCCCCCUUCCAUUAGUCUAGAAAUUAACUUUUAUUCCUCUAAAUUCCCUUUCCCUCCCACCCAAAAAUAAACACUGUCGAGAUUGUAAAGCCCCAUACUGGCCACAGGUGGCAAUGGUGCUGUUUAAAUUUGAAUUUUUGUUUUAUAGAGUGAAGUAAAGGCAUCACAAAUUUGAGUUAAGCCUGUUCUCUCUUCUUUUCCCCCGUAUGUGCCCCUAGUCCCACUACAAGGUGGUAAUGUACAGCAAGCGGCAAGGUAUUUUAAACAAUGGACAACCAUGUUUUCUAGGUUGUUUUGUUACCCUGUAGCUAUUUAUAGAUCAUCACUCAACACUCUUGGGUUUGAUGGACCAUUUUAUAGUAGCUGCAAUGCAUUGCAUCCCUGUCUAAUGCAUAAUUAGUGGGAAGAAGUUCUUGUUGCCUUCCUCUGACUUGUAAUGUGGAUUCUAAUAGCUACCAUGCUCUUCUACUGCGAAGAAAACAAAGCGCCUUUUAAUGUGGAUGGAGGAAAGAGCCCUAGUUUUUGUUUUUUAAUGGAAAAGCUGCUUGAGGGCUCCUGCAAGAAAUCAUUUAUAAAACAAAUGAGAAUACGCCCCCUGCUGCUUUCUCUGUGCAAGACUUCUUUGAAACUACCUCAGGGCUGUGCUGAGGUACUGUUUACAAUGGAGGCCUCAGCUAGAAAAUAGUUGCUCUCUACUACAGAGCAAGGCCAAACUGUAGUCUGACUCAUGUACUGUAGUCUUAAUCACAUUGUGUAACAGGUUUGGACAACAUGAUCCAAAAGGUUAAAGUUUAAAUUUCCAUCCUGAGGUAGAUUUUUAUCUCAGCAUAGCAAAUUUAGAUUCCACCAAGCAAAGCGUUUUUCCCCUUCACUACUUACAAUGUAAAAGAAUGGGGGAAAAGACUUACUAAUGUUCCAUGCAGUGAAUCCCUCUUUUUUUAGUAAUAUACUGUGCACACUUCAUUUCUCUUAUAUAAGUAGACAGUUGAUGAAGCUCUGGAGUAUUGCAGAGCAUAACUGCAUUUAAAUUAAUACCAUGUGUAUGUGGCUAAUAUAACAGUUGCAACUGGACUGCAUAUAAGAUUAUUUUAAGGCUGCAUAUCUUGUAAGAAAAAAUGCUAUCAGGACAGUUAUGUAAAAAUAUUUACAUUCUGAAGUACUCGGUACAUAUGAACAAUUUUCUAACUUCCUUAAAAGCUAGGAAGUUCUAACAGUGAUCAAGCUACUACUUGUUUCUAAUGGGAGAGUAGUGUAGUCUAAUUCUCCGCUUAAUUCCAAAGCUAGUGUUGGGUUUGUUUUAUUAAAGGGAGACUCUCAGUAAGUAUAAAACUUAAAAUCAAUACAACUUAUUUAACCAUA